GAUAAGCACCUCCAACAGUCUAUCUUCCGCUAAACAGGCAAGCACACAGGUGAACAUCGCUCUCCAGAUUUCCCCUCAUGAAAAGUCCUUCAUAGUGGUCACAGAAAGUCCGCGCAGCUGUGCUCCAGCAGGUUCCCUUCUUUUGCAGACGGAGCAGUAAUCUGUGGCCCAAAUGAGUGACGGAGAGUGUGACUUUUUCUGCUUUUUCCGUUGCUGCUGAGCGCGCUCCAUAUGCGCCUCAGGCAGACAGGAAGGCAGGGUGUCCCCUAACAGUGGCACCAGGUGGACAAGUUGCUGGAAGAAAGCAGGGGGGAGGGGGUGGAGCUCCACAACCAUUUAGGCUACACCUGAACUAGGUGGAUCUGGCAGGUAGGCAAGUCGUCUACCUGUCUGGGUGGUUGAUUGAAUCGACUGGAUGUCCGUGGACAUGAACAGCCAGGCUUCAGACAGCAACGAAGAGGACUUCGGGGUGAACUCUGAAGAGGAGGAUGAGGAUGAUGGAGUGGAUGAAGAAGUUGACAUACCAGGUUAUUAUGAAGGCGUGGCCAGUGAUGUGGAGCAACAGAGCGCGGAUUCCUUCGACCCAGAGGAGUAUCAGUUUACUUGUCUGACGUAUAAAGAGAGUCAGAGGGUGCUGAUGGAGGAAGUGAACAAUGUCGCUGCCGCACUGAAGGUUUUACCCUCAGUGGCCAAACUGAUCCUGGUUCAUUUUUACUGGCAGGUUUCACAAAUCCUGGACAGAUGCAAGUCCAACCCCUCUCUUCUAAUGUCUGAUGCUCUGGUCCAGCCCCCCAGCAGCAGCAGCAGAUUAGUCACUGCCCCUCAGUCCCUCCAGUGUGGUGUGUGUCUACAGGUUGUCAGGAGGGACUACUUGCUGACACUGCCCUGUCAGCAUUAUUUCUGCACAGCAUGCUGGGAGCAGCACUGCACUGUUUUAGUCAAAGAUGGCACAGGAGUAGGUAUCUCGUGUAUGGCUCAGGACUGUCCUCUCCGGAUGCCAGAGGACUUUGUUCUGCCUCUGCUGCAGGGAGAGGAGCUGAAGGACAAAUACAGACGCUACCUCUUUAGAGACUACAUCGAGAGUCACUUCCGGUUGCAGUUGUGUCCGGGUGCAGACUGCCCCAUCGUCAUCAAGGUGCAGGAGCCUCGGGCGCGCAGAGUUCAGUGUAGCCGCUGUGGUGAAGUCUUCUGUUUUAAAUGCCGUCAGAUGUACCACGCCCCCACAGACUGUGCAACCAUUCGGAAAUGGCUGACCAAAUGUGCAGACGACUCAGAGACUGCAAACUACAUUAGUGCACACACUAAAGAUUGUCCAAAGUGCAAUAUCUGCAUCGAGAAGAAUGGAGGGUGUAAUCACAUGCAAUGUUCCAAGUGCAAACACGACUUCUGCUGGAUGUGCCUUGGAGACUGGAAGAGUCAUGGCAGUGAAUACUACGAGUGCAGCCGCUACAAAGAAAACCCGGAUAUAGUUAACCAGAGCCAGCAAGCUCAGGCCAGAGAGGCCCUGAAGAAAUACCUCUUCUACUUUGAGAGGUGGGAGAACCACAACAAAUCCCUGCAGCUGGAAGCUCAGACGUACCAUAGGAUCCAGGAGAAGAUCCAGGAAAGAGUAAUGAACAAUCUGGGAACGUGGAUUGACUGGCAGUACCUGCAUAAUGCUGCAAAGCUCCUUGCUAAGUGUCGCUACACACUGCAGUACACCUAUCCUUAUGCCUAUUACAUGGAGUCUGGGCAACGGAAGCAGCUGUUUGAGUAUCAACAAGCGCAGCUUGAAGCAGAGAUAGAGAACCUGUCCUGGAAGGUGGAGCGGGCCGACAGCUAUGAGAGGGGAGUGGUGGGAGGCGAGGGGGACCUCAGUGCGAGUGACAGAGGGGAUCUGGAGAAUCAGAUGCACAUUGCAGAGCAGAGGCGACGGACGCUGUUGAAGGAUUUUCACGACACCUGAGGCUCCGAUUGUGACUGCAGAGCACCAGCAUCUCUCCUUCCUCACCUCUUUUUCUUGUCUCUUCCUCUGCUUCCUUCCAUCACUUUCUCUCAGUGCAGCCACACCAUUCGCUUUUCACCACUCGUCCAUUUGCAUCCCUUUAUUUUUGCCUUUUGCCUCCUCCCAUUUUGUAACGCUGCAGGGUCACAGAAUGUCAUGACCGUCUUGCCCCCCGGCCACUCGUGUUUCAUUUGCUCCUCAUGCACACGGUUUUGGUUUUAGAGCAUUAACCCACCAUGGUAACACUUGUUUCAGCUUUUCAGAUCUGAUUAUGCGGGGUAAAGUCUGAGGUUUAAAGUCUAAAAACAGCAGGUCCUCCUCUCCCCGUGAAAUUAGACGUAUCCAUGGUAACGCAAACAUUUUUUGCCCAGUUGGAGAAGCAGCCCUGUUCGUUACCCUUCAAUCCCACAAAAAGCACAUGGAGCGAAAUGAUAAAGGAAAAGCUUGUGGGUGUAUUAGGUAGACAAAGAAGUUAAAAAUAUUUUCUUCAGACAGAUAUCGUCUGUUGUAGAUUUAAUUUUUUUUGGCAUAUUGUAAAACCAUAAUGAGUAGCAGGUGCUGACUGAUGGUCGAUGAGUAUCACUUCCUGAGUUUUGUCUGGUUAUCAGCAAAUGUGAAAUGUAGUCUAAUCUCAAGUGAGAUUGAUGGAGAUGACUAAAAUAUCUAAAUAUGUAAUGCCACAGGGUGAUGGAAGGUUGUUUGUAUGACAUUGUUAGUUUAAAUCAUCUGCUGCAAACGUCCAUCUGUGCAGGUUGGUGAUACUUCCAGAAGAUUUUUGCUAACAUUUCCCAACAAAAUCAGGUACAGAGCAACAGUGAAGCCAGCAGACGUUAUUCAAUUAUAGCUAUUUUUUUUUAUAUCACCUUAAAGGAAUAAAUCCUAUGUAGUUCUAAUUUGUGAAUUUAAUUUUCCUUUGCAUUGAGAAAGGUUAAACCAGAUGAACGUGUAUGUAGAUGGCAGCUGCUGUAACCUUUUUUGCAGGUCUUUCACUUUGACUGAAUGACCUGCUGGUUUUACUGCCGGCAGAUGGUAAUUAGGAUGACAUGAAGCUACCUUAUUGGUGUAUAAUAUUAAUACUGCCAUGACAGUUUUGCUAACUUUUUUUUUCAGGAAAAGAAGUGUAGAUUGAGGCCAGAGUGGGUUUCCUCCGUUGAAGUGUGAUAAUAAUGCCUUUAUUCAUUAAUUGGGUGAUCUAAAGCCAUGUAUGAUGAUGAAAUAAGUGUAAUCUCAGUCAUUCACACACUAAAGAAUAACAGGGUGUCCCACUGACAUCUUUUUUCACAGUGUGCACACACCAACACACUCCAUAACAGAAAACCAACAUUUCCUGUUAGUUUGUCUCCUGUUGUGUUUGUGCUUCUCUUUCUUUAGUCAUCCCCUUGUUUGUUUUUUCUUUCUGUUUUUCUUUUUCCCAGCUUAUAUUGUUCACGUUUCUUCUGGAAAACAGCUGUGUUGAUCGUUUCAAAAAAAAUGUAAAAAAAGAGAAAAAAAACACCAAAAAAAAAGCUGUAAUUUUCAACGGUUGUACAUUAAUACAGAAAUAGAGUUACUGAGAGAGUUUUUAAAACUGGA